AUGUCGAAAGCCGCAACCGUCAAGGAGGCCGUCAAGGAGACGCUCGUCGGCUCAACAGAGCCGGAGCAGUACUCGGUGCAAACCAAGGCCCGUUUCAACCGUUAUGCUGUGAAGGAUCCCGCAACGGGCGAGCUCUACCUCGGCCCGGAGCAGUUCAUCGACGCCAUCGCCCCGCCUCAUGAAGACUACCACAAGAUCAAGCGGGAGCAGUACUCGAUCUUGUUUCACGUCGCCGACCGGACAAAUAAGGGCAAGCUGUCGCUUGCUGACUGGGGAUACUUCGAAAACAUCCUCAGCAAGCCCGACGCGGAAUAUGAGAUUGCGUUCCGCCUCUUCGACGUCGACCGCCUGGGCACCGUAAAAUAUGAAGACUUUCGUAACUUGUACGAGCUAAACAAGAGCCCCGACACCAUUCCGUUCGACUGGGACUGCGAGUGGGCAAAGCUGUACAUUGGCGGCAAAGCAAAGAGGCACAGCAUGAACUAUCAGCAGUUCUCACAGAUGCUCCGCGGCCUCCAAGGCGAGCGUGUGCGGCAAGCCUUCCAGCGUUUCGACGCCAAUGGCGACGGAUUCAUCGAGCCCGAGGAGUUCGCUACCAUCAUCCAGCAGACGGCCAAGCAUAAGCUUUCGGACCAUCUGCUCGAGAACCUCCACACCUUGUGCAACAUUUCCCAAGGAAGCAAGGUUUCGUAUGCCAACGUCCGGGCCUUCCUGAACAUGAUCAACGAGAUGGACUUGGUAGAGCUCAUCGUCAGGCGCGCCUGCUCCAAAAGCAAGGAUGGCCGCAUCACCAGGGCCGAGUUCCUCAACCAGGCUGCCAAGAUUACCCGAUUCUCGCUCUUCACCCCCAUGGAGGCCGACAUUCUCUUCCAUUUCGCCAGUCUCGACGAACCCUCUGGUCGGCUAGGGCUCAGGGACUUCACCAAGGUGCUCGAUGCGACUUGGAGACGGCGCGACGAAGAGGAGGAUGCCCGUCCUGUUGGCGCCAAGUCCACAGGGCAAAACUUCCUCGGGCAGGCCCUUGAGUCUGCCUACAACUUUGGUCUCGGCAGUAUCGCCGGCGCCUUUGGCGCCUUCAUGGUUUACCCGAUCGAUCUCGUCAAAACACGGAUGCAAAACCAGCGUGGCGCGGAUCCCGGCCAGCGGCUCUACAACAACUCGAUCGAUUGUUUUAGGAAGGUGAUUCGCAACGAGGGAUUCAGGGGCCUGUACUCAGGUGUCCUCCCCCAGCUCGUCGGUGUCGCACCUGAGAAGGCCAUCAAGCUGACAGUGAAUGAUCUUGUCCGCAACUGGUUCACCGAUAAGCAGGGCCAAAUAUGGUGGGGCUCUGAGGUGUUUGCUGGUGGUGCCGCCGGUGGUUGCCAAGUCGUUUUCACCAACCCAUUAGAGAUUGUCAAAAUUCGUCUCCAGGUGCAGGGUGAGGUCGCCAAGAGCGUUGAAGGCGCGCCGAAGCGGUCGGCCAUUUGGAUCGUGCGCAACCUCGGUCUGGUCGGCCUGUACAAGGGCGCAUCGGCGUGUUUGCUCCGUGAUGUGCCUUUCUCGGCCAUUUACUUCCCGACGUAUUCGCACCUAAAGCGCGAUGUUUUCGGCGAGUCACAAACCAAGAAGCUGGGCGUUGUGCAGCUCCUGACGGCCGGCGCCAUCGCCGGCAUGCCGGCCGCGUAUCUCACUACGCCGUGCGACGUCAUCAAGACCCGUCUUCAAGUUGAAGCCCGCAAGGGCGACACGGCGUACACAGGCCUUCGGCACGCGGCCAAGACGAUCUGGAAGGAGGAGGGUUUCCGAGCCUUCUUCAAGGGCGGCCCCGCGCGCAUUUUCCGCUCGUCGCCGCAGUUUGGCUUCACGCUCGCGGCGUACGAACUGCUGCAAACCACCAUCCCAUUCCCGGGCGGGAAAGGCGAGGCCAAGGGGGUGAGUGGCGUUGCCGAGGCCGUGUCGACUCUCAAGGAAAAGGCCGUCGAUAGCCCGUUCUACCGCUCCCGCAACGCGCUCAAGAUCCUGCUCGACCUGGACGAGCAUUUCGGGCGAACACCGCUUGGGCCGAAUUCGCAGGGCUGGAAAGCGUUGCCUGGCUGGAUGGGAACAAAGACUGCGUAG